GGAGCCGAAGCAGUGACAAGUGACAAUAGCGAGCACGAAGUCUGGCAAGAAUAUUAGCCGUUGGGGAAAUUUACCUUUCUCGUCAAAGAGGAAAUACUUUACAAAUCAGUCUCAGUACUUCUUAGCCUAGGUCAAGUCGCACAUGAGUGUCUUUCGUCACGUUAUCGAGAUACCUACAAAAGGAAAUUUUAAAGACGAAAAGUGAACUUCGAACAAACCGGCUUUUUGUCCGAAGGUGGAAAGAAUUUGAGUGGCGAGUGUUAACCCUAUGACUAAUUUAUUAUACACCCGGACCAGACUAUAGAAAUCCAAAAUUUAUUAUUACACGCGCGUCGAGUCAUUUUAUUUAACCUAAUGAUUUAAUAGUUUGUGACGCAAUUUGACAUAUUUAAGACACGGAAUCUGAUAAGAACGUUUUCAGACUCUCGGUACUUUUCUAGUUCGUCAACUGGGGUGGUGGAAAACUCCUGAAAUUGGUAUACCUUUUCCUCGAAUUCGAAAAAGGAAAUAACGUUAAAAAGUGUGGGUACGUGCAUUCUUCAAGCUCAUUGACAAUUUUGCAAUUACUUAGCAACGGUUCUUCGAGUGAGGCGUCAAACAUAACUCAUUGAUAACGUAUUAACAACAAUUUCACAACUCAUUCUUAUUUAUAAGAUUAUAUGGUAUAAGAGUGCAAACAAAUUAUUUUUUGGUUUAGUUAUCUGAAGUAUUUUACACCGUCAACGGAAUUCCUAUUUGUGUCGUUAGUUUAAACCAAAUUAAAGAUCAAUCAUAAUAUUUUAAAAUGUCGCGACCGUUUAUUGCCAUCAUUCCACAAUCCAUCAACGACGGAGACAAAGUUCUACUCAAAGGACUCGUAAAGGACAAUGCAAAUGAAUUUUCAAUAAAUUUUGCUACUGGGACCGGUCCAAAUCCUGAAGAUAUUGCCUAUCAUUUCAAAACAAUAUUUCCCGAAAACAUAGUUGUUGAAAAUAGCAAAAGGAAUGGCGAUUGGAUGGAUGAGCAAAUCAAAGAAUGGCCAGCUUCUGAUGGUCCGUUGAAAGUCCACUUAGCUUUGAAUUACUCACAUUUCCCAAACAAUAAGGAUAACCCAAAAUCUUCAUCUAUUUCAGGGCCUGGAUUUGCCCUGGAAUUUGCCUUCACAAGCGGCUAUGUCUACACAUAUUUGGUUGAAGACGAACAUUCGAGAAAUCUAAUCUCCUUCUACGAGCACGAUUAUGAUUUGAAUGAAAUUAAUUCCGUUCAGGUUUGGGGUGAUGUGGAAAAAAUUCAAGAGCUAACAUUUCGAUACUCAUAAUAAAAUACUAAAGUCAAACCUCAUCAAAUGCCUACACAGUAUAAUAAUUAAAUGCCUUUUACAAAUAUGGUGCAGCUUUUACAUUAAUAACAUAAAAUACAUUGCGUGUUGCGUCAUAAGCCUUUCAUAUUGCAAAUCAUAUUAUAAAUUCUUUCGCAAACAACCCACGACAACAUUAAAAAUUCAACGAAAAAACACAUGUCUCGUGUUUAAACUAAAAUUUUGUACAAAUUAGGAUUUGAAACAAAUUCAAGCCAAAGAAUAAGUUUCCCAGUCAUCGCCAUUAAUUAAUUAAUUUAAACCUCACAAGUCACAACUGACAUAAUUUGCAGUCUGAAAUCGCACAUUUUCUAUACUCGCGCUCCACCCAAAAAUACAAACAUUUAAAUUUGUUUGGAAUUUCACUCGAUUUGAUUGUCGACAGCUUGAUUUAUAUUUCAUUUGUUUAAAUUGGAUGCUUUAAAAAUUAAAAAUAACCAAACAAACACGUAUUGAAAUCGUUAAACCAUAUGGCUUGAAUAUUCUUUAUGGGUUCAUUAGUUUUAAGGUCAUUUCCUUUAUAAAUUACAUUAUUAUUUAUUUUCCAAACUAAGUGACGUCUUUUAGUAAUUUAAAUUAUGUUUAUAAAUGUUUAUGUGCUACAAUAAGUUCAAAUAUUUUAAGUAAUUAUUUAAUAAGUAUUAAUGCUAAAAUAAAUAUUUUGUAAAUUAAAUGAUUUUAAAAUUAUCGGUUUAAAUAUAUUUUUGCUGAAUGUGUAACACUUUUAAUCUUGGAAAGUGGUAAUUUUAUGAAAUAAACAGUGGUAAAAACACAGGUAAGCAAAGUCAAAUUCAGGUAAUGAUUUUCUUUCAAAUAAAUUAUUCAUACUUUACGACAGCAAUUCGUAUUCUACUUGUUAAUGAAGUAAAUAAAAUGUAUUCCUCCCGAAAUAAUCAUGAAUUUCAGAAAGUACAAUGUUGAGGUAAAAAUGUAUGUAUAUAAAAUUUCCAAAUAGCUUAUAACGUUCAUCCAUAAAUGAUUGAUUUUUUCUUUUUUUUUUGUAAACAUUUUCUUUUAAUACAGAGUGUCCCAAAAGUGGCACGAGUACAAUAGCUUGGGCGCCGAGAUUUGAGGGAGGGGCAAUUUAAUAAAAAUACAACCUAAAAUCAAAAAAAAAUAUUAAAAAAACAACGUCAACACUUACAGUUAUAAAUGAUACCUUUUUACAAAAAAUUGCCUCAAUUGAUUUCCUAUCAAACACUGAAAACUAUAUUGGUAUAUGCCUUCUAGUUUU